AUGACUAAAUUUAAUCUUACGGAUGUGAUGAACUUUGUUUUGGAGAAUCAACAUAAUCCAGCCUAUGCGACUGCACAGGUACAAACUCUGAAUGAUGGUAUUUUGCAGAGCAAGUUGGUGGAUUCCGUGAUGAUUACUACUCGUAAUACAAUAUUCACGAUACAGAGAGAAGAUAUUUUGAAUUUGUACUUGUUCGGAUCAAAGUUGUAUAGAACGUGUGAUUGUCAGGAUUCUACCUCUGAUUAUGAUUUUAUCAUGAUUAUUAAAUCGGAAAAGUAUUAUUUUGAUGGAUCAAUGUUGAUAGAGGGAGAUUUGAAAUGUAAAGAUGAUAGUAUUGAGAAUAUCAAUGUGAAUAUAUAUCAUAUGGAUUAUUUUCUAAACUUGUUGAAGGAACAAUAUAUUUGGGUGAUUAUGUUGUGUUAUUUGAAAAUGCCAUUCAGUGACAGAGGUGAAUAUGUAUGGAAAGAAGAGGUGGACUUGGUAAGGAAAUUCUACUAUCCAUUGAGAUUGCACGACAACUAUUCAGACAAUAAGGAUGAGAUGGAUGGUAUUGGUGGAUUCAAUUUGGUCAAGUUUAAGAGUGCCACACUCACUGAUAUUUCACACCACGUAGCAAAAUCUAAAAGAUUGUGGAAUAACGAUGGUGAUUUUAGAAAAGGAGCAAAGAAUCUCCUUCAUGCAGCUAGAUUUUUGGGCCUGUCAAGAGACAUGCUUGAUUUACACGAAAGAUCAAACUCUGAAAUUAUAGAUAUUAUUGAAGGAAAAACAAAGGUAGACAAACUCUUGAUUAACUUUUCAUUUGCUAAUGAAGAGUGGGAGUUUAUAUUGAAACCAUUCAGUACCAUUGUAAAAAAAAUUGAGGAGAUGGCUGACGAAUCUACAGAGAAAUUAUUAGAAAUAGUCAACAGUGAGAUUGAAAUUUCAGAAAACAAGGUUUACUUGGAUAUGCUUUCAAGAUUAAAGCUCUUGAUUGAAACCAAUUUUGAAAAGAACCUAUUGAGAAGCAAGACGUAUGAAAUAUUGGAAGUCCACUACAAGGAUAGAAUAAGUGAAGAAAUGCACUAUCUUUUCCACUUUACAUACAUUAAUUCUAACCUCUACUCUGAGAAUAAUGACUCAAGCGAUAAAUUGGUGGUUAGAAAAAAUGUAAGCAGUUCAAAAUCUAUCAGAGGAAACAGAAGCAAAAAGAAGGUUCACAUUCAUUCCAAUUAUGACAAGUACUCUCAAGUUGAAACUCCAACCAGAGAUUUCUCACAAGUUUUGAAAUAUAUUGAGAAGAAAGGCAUUGAAGCUCUCAAGAGAGAUUUUUCAUUUUCUCUUCAUCAUUACAAAAACGGAAGUACAGAGCUUGUAUUUUGUGUUGCUGACAAACAGCACUCACCAAUCUGGGUACAAUAUACCACAACGGAAGAGUAUUUAAUUGCCAAGAAUGAUCCAACCCAAGUAUCAAAGGCCAUGAAUAAUGAGAUCAAUGUUUGCCAAUACUUUGAGAGUAUUGUCUUGAAGAAAUUGGAAAAUGACCAGUAUGAAAUUGUAGCACUAAAUCACAGACCAAUGUUCAAUUUGUUUAUUGAUGACGGCCUUGACAACGAUUUGAUUGUAGGAAGCACAGACUUGGAUUUCUCUAAAGGUACAUUAAUUAUGGAGAAAUUGAAUGGAAUAGCCAUAAUAGUCUUUUCUUACAUGAAUGAAGGCACAGGAAAGAUGGAUUGGAUGGUAUUCAGUCCAGAUGUUCAAAAAAAGCAACGUUUCACCAAAGAUUUGAACUGGAACUUGGGGGUCUACAAGAGAAUUGACUCUCUAUUCAGUGAAACUUCUCAAUCAAUUGGAGGCAUUGGUGAUGAGGAAGAGAUGGAGCAAAAAUUUAUUACUGACCUUUUUUGGAAAACUUUAGAAAAACAAAAUGGAAAAAUAGAUUUCAAAGAGAAUCAAUGUUAUGUUUUCGAGUUGUGCAUUGUAAGCCACAACCAAACAAGAAGUGAACAAGAAAAAUUAUUGAAGAGUUUAAAGUUUCAACCUGUACAAUACGAUCAGACUAAACUCUUUCUUCACGGAAGUUAUUCCUUCAUGAAUUCAGGUAACAGUAUCAAGUCAGAAAAUAUCUUUGCAAUUUCCAAGGACAUUAAUAUUCCAACACCAAAUGUGCUCAACGAAAAAUUCAAUGAACUAUUUGGAAAUAGACAGGAAACUUUCGUAUUGGACGUAAGAGAAUUAGAAGAUAAUUUGAGAACCAUGCUAAGAAGGCACUUACAUCCUCUACAAUGUGAAGGUUUAGUUGUCACUGAUCAGUACAAUACUUCAUUCAAACUAUUCCAAAUGAUUAGUCCUCAAAUUUUAAGUUUAACUGAGAUUGUGAAUAUCAAUUUUCACACCAAUAAUGCCAAUUCCAACAAGAGAUUCUGUUUCGAUUUGUUGAGAAUUAACGAGAACUGGGGAAAGGAACUUUCAGAAUUCUUCAAAUAUGACAAGCAAAAUAUCAGUGCCCAACACACAAUUUGCGUAGAUGGCAUAAAAUUAUUUAAUGAAUCAUUAGAAUACUUUGGAACAUUAUGUGAAGAAUCAAUAGAAUUAUUCAUGGAAUGCAAACAAGUGGAAAAUUCAGAAGGUCUCACAAAGAACCUUCUAAAGAAAUCAUUUGUCGAUAACAUCGAUAAGAGGUUCUCAAAACUCAAAUUCUAUCUAGUUUUCAUUUGGGAUUAUUGUCAAGAUAAUUAUGAACGAGAGAGGCUAUUGGAAGGUAUAAAAGAAUUUUGGAGUUACAGUAUCCCAAAAAGAGUCUCCUUAAUUGCUCAAUUAAUGUCAAAGCAUGGUAAAUCUCACACCCAAUCCAUCUAA